GCAACUGCGCGUGACGUUCCCCAACAAACCAAAGGCGAGAUCCGAAGACCAUUUGACGUGUUACAAUCCCUAGCGCCAUGCAACUUUCUUGUCUUUGGAAUUGGUCAUGACUCGCUAAUGUGGGAUUCGUUUAAUCCACUUGGUGUCACGCUAUUUCUCGAAGAAGAUCCUAAGUGGGCAAUGUCUUCCCUCAAACGCUUUCCUAUCCUACGCGCGCACACAGUGUUUUAUAACACGCGCCUCAAUGAGGCGAAAACACUCUUAUCUUCCUACAAGAAAGAUUGUGGGGCAGUCAGCACGGAUGAUCACCCACUCAAAGAUGAUCAUCGGUGUAGGCUGGCAUUGGGAAAGUUGCCAGAGGAAGUGUAUGAUCGAGAUUGGGAUGUGAUUAUGAUCGAUGCGCCAAGGGGAUACUUUCCGUCAGCUCCAGGGAGGAUGGCAGUUAUAUAUUCCGCAGCAGUGAUGGCGCGUGGGAGAAAAAAAGCCGGAGUGACACACGUGUUUGUUCAUGAUGUGGAUAGGGAAGUUGAGAAACUCUAUGCUAAGGAAUUUUUGUGCAUGAAAUAUAGAGUUGGUGGUAUUAGGAAACUUUGGCACUUUGUUAUUCCACCAGCUGCUAAUGUUACUGAUACUGCAAAUGGAUUUUGCUAA